AUGACAACUCCAGCUGUUCAAAUGGGAUGGAGCCUCACCGAAAGUUCCCAAUCGGUUUUUUCUGUCUUCAGAGGUGUUUUAGCCGCUGCUACAAGUGACAAUGUUCAAGUCCUCGCGAUCAUGGCUUGCGAAAAUUUCGGUACUACGAUUGCUAUGAGCAGCCAGACAACAGCUAAGGUCUUGUCUGCCAUCGUCCCAUCACCAGAACCGGCUUCCAUUAGCUUCUUGAAGAGUCAUGUAGGCUUCUUCAAAGGCGACUGCGCAAGUCAGCUUGGCAAGAGUUUGGCUGGCACCCAUUUCCUAGGAUUAGCGGCUGCUCUUGUGACCACAAUCGGCCCCUUCAAUGGUGCAAGUGCUCUCGACAUCAUGCUUAGGCAUUCUGCAACGGACCUGACGCUUCUUCCGACAGUCAGGCACCUGAACGAUCUAUUAGUGAGCCUUGAGGCUAGGUCAUACCGGUGUGGCUUUGCCGAUUCCGUUUUGGGGUGGCAAAUUCUCCUUCAGAAAGAGGUGCUGCCUCGUAUUGGUUCAGAAGAAGCUCGUCAACAGCUAGUUCAGGGAUUCAUGCGAGUACCUUCUUCGGAGAUAAUAGCCGGCAUUGUUGAUGCUUUUCGUCAGGUGGCAAGAAUGGGAUCUUCUACCAUAUCCGGGGUGACCAUCAAAGUUCACGAGGCAGCGGCUUGGAUCUUAGCCUUCGCACAAUGGUGUCUUGAGCUUCCUCCUUCUGUAUACUUGGAGGGAAUCCCAGAGGCUGUUUGCGAGCAACCCCGGUCACAAGUCCAGAUCAUCAUUAUGACCAAAGAACCAAAACGGUCAUUUGAAUUGACCAUCCACCACAGGUCAGAGAACAUAACCCAUCUCAUAGAGCCUGGUUCUCAGGAAUUCAUCAGCGGGAUGGUCACUAUUGAAUCUUAUUAUCCGUGGCUGUUUCGACGGAUUGGUUUCGAGACUGAAGACAUGAUCCGAUUGCUUCGUCUAGCCCUCGAACACGCAAUUCCUCAAGUCCUAUCAUCGAUGCAGUCAACUCAAUAG